AUGAGCCAACAGUUGGUAUACCUGUUCGGUGAUGACACGGAGACCAUCAAGCAUUUACAGUCUAUUUCGUCCGCGCUGCUUAUGUGUGGGUUCCUCAUCUCACCGGUUUCGGGGGUGAUUCUGGACAGCUCAAGAGCCUUUUAUCGUCGGCGUAUGAGCCGCAGCUCAAUAUCCGAUGAUGCUGAAUUGUACUGGAUGAGUCUUCGUGGUAUUGCCCCAGCAUUUCUGAUGCUAGCCGUGACUGCGGUGACUUUGAGUGGACUCAAUUUUGUCAAGUCAAAGAUUACGUACUAUAUCGCUUUUGUGCUUUUCGUUGUUUUACGAUCUUUGUUGUUCAGUGCUUCCGUCAACUUUGUACCCAUUGCCUUUCCGAUUCAACGUUUUGGCACAGUGAAUGGUUUGGUGAACACAAUUGGUGGCAUCUUUAGUCUGUUACAAUAUGGACUGAUUCGAUGGGAAGCAGUCCCAAGCAACGCACUGGUUACUGCGUUGACGGCGCUUCUCUUCAUUUCCCCCGUAAUACUUUUCUUUAAGAAGCAGUGA